UGGCAACGGGUGGUUGUGUGCUUCGUAAAAGUAUCCCUUGAGUUUUCUCACCGUGGGAGCGGAGAGUGUCCAAUGGUACACGCCGGAUAAUCGUCGUGCGGUUAAGCGAGCGUCGUGUAUCCCGUUGGUAGAACGCAAAGAGAAAUCGUACGUACAGUGCGGAAAGGCCUCCGUGCGCGUACAAGUGCGUCGCGCGAAAGAGAUCAAACAAGGCGUCGCGUACCUUCCGCGUUUUCGUUGCAUUCACGAUUACUUCUUGUUCUGUGCGACAAAAAAAGAGAGCGAGAGAGAUCGACCGAGGCUAAGAGAAGAUACGAUUAUACAGCAAGAGGGGAAGUGAUACACGGUAGUAGGAGAAAGGGAAGGCGAAAGAGAGACAGGGAGGAAGAGAAGCUACGCGGAAGGAGAGCAGAAGAUUGAGGAGAGGGACGGAGAGAGAGCGAGAGUGAGAAAGAGACAGGACUGGGCAAAGAGCGGAAGAUCCUGAAGAGAAAACGAAAGAGGAAUAAACAUAUAAAUAAAUAAAGGAGUGUAGUUUGUGCCUAAGACGGUGGCUUCGUUACGAGAAUGAGCUAACCUGCGCUCAUUGGAUUACCAUGCUGGAUACAGCCGCGUGUAACAGGUGGCUGUUUGACGUUCAGGCCGAAACGGAGAAGAGUCCUCUCUGGCGUCAUAAUGCUUGCGAAAUAGCAAACGACCAUCGACGAUCUUCCUGCUGAGGACAGCUUGCCAUGUUGUUUAGGUGAAGCAGGAGGGAGGCGCUGACCGGUGGGGGCGGCGGCCAUGCGCCCCGGCCCGCCAGAUUCGAGCCGACGCAGGCCUCCCUGUCGCCAGCCCCCGGCCCAGCUGCUGCUCCUCUUUCUACCCGGCCUGCGGGCGAUCCUCUUCCUCCUGAUUCUGGCCACAGCCGUCGGGCCCCCUCUCACCGUCGCUGAUUCAUCCUCGCUGCUGCCUGGGACCCUCGAGGGUCCACCUCGCAAGUCCCAAAAUCUCACCAUUGGCUACCUCACUGCUAUCAAGGGUGGUCUCAAGGAUCGGCAGGGACUCGCUAUCUCUGGGGCACUCUCCAUGGCACUGGAUGAGAUAAACAGCGACCCGAGUAUAUUACCAAACGUGAGGCUGGUGAUGCGUUGGAGCGAUACCCGGGGUGAGACCGUGGAGGCAACCAGGGCGAUGAUCGACAUGAUCUGCGACGGGGUGGCAGCCUUCUUCGGGCCAGAAGGUUCUUGUUACGUGGAGGCCAUAGUAGCCCAGUCCCGCAACAUACCCAUGAUCAGCUACAAAUGCUCGGACUACAAGGCUUCCAAGGUGAGCACCUUCGCACGCACAGAACCACCCGACACCCAGGUCACCAAGUCUGUCAUCGCUCUUCUUCUUCACUAUGGAUGGAACAAGUUCACCAUCAUCACCGAGAGCGCCUGGUCCACCAUUGCUCGCUCACUUGAGGAUCAGGCUGGCAAACAUAAUCUUACUGUUAAUCAUUACAAGACCGUUGAGGAUCGUCACACUUGCUGCGAGGAGAGGCUGCCAUGCUGCCAGGGCAGCGUAUGGUUUCAGCUUAUACAGGAGACCAAGAAUAUGACACGGAUUUAUAUUUUCCUGGGUACUGCCAUGUCUCUCAUCGAUAUGAUGAACUCCAUGCAGAAUCAGAGGCUACUGGAUAAUGGGGAGUACAUGGUGAUUCAUGUUGAUAUGAUGACCUACUCGCCACGCGAGGCACAGAAGUACUUAUGGAAACCGGAGCACUUCGAUCAUUUGAAGAACUGUCUCGAGCCCAAAGAUUUUCUUAAGAGGGCUCGCUCUCUCAUGGUCGUCGUAUCCACGCCACCUACACAGAACUACGAGGAAUUCACGAAGAAGGUUCGCGAAUACAGCAGCAGGGAACCUUUUAAUUUUGUAAUACCCGAGUUACUGAGAAAGUAUGAAAAGUACGUCUCUAUUCACGCUGCGUAUCUGUACGACUCGGUGAAGCUGUACGCGCGCGCCCUGGAUCAGCUUCUACGGGAUCAACCUGAUCAUAGCUUGGAGGAAAUUGCCAGCAACGGCUCGCAGAUCAUAGACACGAUAAUAAAAAAUCAUACCUAUCAAAGUGUCAGCGGCGCCACCAUUAGGCUGGACAAAUUUGGCGACUCCGAGGGAAACUUUUCGGUUCUUGCCUUGAAGAAGGACUCAUUCCGUAUGGAAAACUUCUCCUGCGACUAUCAGAUGAAGCCGGUGGGACAGUUCCAGCAGGGUGAAACUCUAGUGUAUAGACCAUCGGAGGCCAUGGAUUGGCCGGGAAAGAACAAACCGGAAGCUGAGCCCGGAUGCGGUUUCCUGAACGAGCACUGCCCCAAGGAUGACACACAUCUUCGCAGUAUCGUGGCCGCUGGCAUCCUGGCCGUUCUCCUCUUCUGCGCUGCCGUCAUUACCAUGAGUAUCUACAGGAGAUGGAAAAUUGAACAGGAAAUUGAGGGUCUUUUAUGGAAAAUAGAUCCAACCCAGAUUCACGGAUAUCCCCAUCUCGACAAUAAAAUGUCGUCCCCUAGUAAGUUAAGUUUAGUUAGCGCAAUGUCCUACGAGUCGAGGUGCGGAGGUCAAGUGUUCGCCCAGACCGGCCACUACCACGGUGUCGUGGUCAGGAUAAAGGAGCUGAAGUUCUCGAAGAAGAAGGACAUCUCGCGAGACGUAAUGAAGGAAAUGCGAAUAUUGCGCGAGAUACGCCAUGGAAAUCUCAAUUCCUUUAUUGGGGCUUGCGUCGAGCCCAUGAGAAUACUGUUAAUUACCGAUUACUGUGCCAAAGGAAGUCUUUAUGACAUCAUUGAAAAUGAAGAUAUAAAGUUAGAUGAUAUGUUCAUUGCGUCGUUAGUUCAUGAUCUCAUUAAGGGUAUGCUGUAUAUUCACGAGUCAUCUGCGCUAGUCUGCCAUGGUAAUCUAAAGUCUUCCAAUUGCGUGGUAACAUCGCGUUGGGUUCUACAAGUCUCAGACUUUGGUCUACACGACAUGCGGCACUGUGCCGAAUCGGAUAGUAUCGACUUAUUUUGGAAAGCGCCGGAAUUGCUGAGAAAUCCAAACGCACCGAUUCGUGGGACACAGGAAGGAGAUAUUUAUUCCUUUGCUAUUAUUCUUUUUGAAAUGAUUGGCCGCAAGGGACCCUACGGUGGUGUCAAUCUAGAGCCCAAAGAAAUCAUAGACAGAGUGAAAAGGUUUCCGGAAGACGGCGAGCCGCCAUUCAGACCUAACGUCGACAUUCUGUCCGAGUCUGAAGCUGAUUGUGCGGAAUACAUCGUCAGCACCAUCACCGACUGCUGGGCAGAGUGUCCAGAGCUCAGGCCGGACUUCAAGAUGAUACGGACUCGUUUAAAAAAGAUGAAAGCCGGUCGGCACCGCAACAUAAUGGACCAAAUGAUGGACAUGAUGGAGAAGUAUGCCAACAACCUCGAAGAUCUAGUCAGUGAGCGUACGCGCCUUCUUUUCGAGGAGAAGCAGAAGACUGAGGAUCUGCUGCACAGAAUGUUACCGGAACCCGUGGCCAACUGCCUCACGAAUGGUAUCGGCGUGGAACCAGAGGCCUUCGACCUGGUGACGAUUUACUUCAGCGACAUCGUCGGCUUCACGGCCAUGUCUGCGGAGAGUACGCCGUUUCAGGUUGUCAAUUUUCUCAAUGAUCUGUAUACUCUUUUUGAUCGGAUCAUCAAGGGCUACGACGUCUACAAGGUUGAAACUAUUGGAGACGCCUAUAUGGUGGUCUCGGGUCUCCCGAUAAAGAAUGGCAACAGGCAUGCCGGGGAAAUAGCUUCAAUGUCUUUAGAGUUGCUGAAUGCCGUAAAACAUCAUACUAUUGCUCAUCGGCCGAACGAGACAUUGAAAUUACGAAUAGGAAUACAUACGGGACCUGUUGUUGCUGGAGUGGUUGGUCUGACUAUGCCAAGAUACUGUUUGUUUGGUGACACAGUAAAUACAGCGUCACGUAUGGAGUCGAACGGGGAACCACUUAGGAUUCAUAUAAGUGGUCAGUGCAAGGAAGCUUUGGACAAGGUAGGAGGCUACAUCAUCGAGGACCGUGGCCUGGUGCUCAUGAAAGGAAAGGGUGAAGUUAAAACGUACUGGUUAACCGGAGCGACAGACAAGGCCAUACAAAAAAGAGAAGUCGACGUGGGCGAUUUGCCACCACUGUUCUCCAGACCUCGGCGAAGUCCAAAGCUGAACCCUGACUCGCGUCAAGCUUCUCUGCUGGCGGGUCUAGGUGCAGGAAGCCGAAGACAGUCUAGCGUACCAAGACCAUCCGGGGAUGAUUCAUCUUCACAGUGUGGAGGAUCGAGUCCAAUACCACGACCAGUUCACGCCAGAAAGCUGGAAAGAUCACCACUCUACCUAACGGACAGCGUGUCUAAGACAACCCUGGAAAACAUGACAGUACGCGAAGCAGAACUGGAGUCCCGAGUAGCAAACGUGAAGCUCGUCCUGGACGAUCUCUUCCUAGAGUCCCGUGGAAAGUUUCGCAAAAUUCCAAGGGUUCUAUCGACAAUAGCAUCCUCGUCGUCGACAAACGAUUAUCCCUCGCAGUCGGCCAUAAGAGAAUCCAGAUCCUUGGAUCCGUUUCCGUCGGAGAGUCACUCGCGUCGUCUGGAAUCGCAUCUCUGCUGGAGUCGCGAGCCUAGGAAGAGCUUUCGCUCUCUGGAGAAUUGCGACAAGUGUUCGCGGGCUGCACUCAAGACAAACAUUACGGACAAAGUGCUGAACAACAAUUAUCCAAAUGGUAACGUGAUAAUAGUGCCACACGCUCAUCAUGCCACGAGAAACGAGGCGGAGCCACUGUUGACCGAUGGCGAUGGCGGAAGCGGUGGGGUCUCCAUCGGCGAUGCAUCCGUUAAACGUUGGAGAUCCCUAGAUCAAGUAGCGUCCGCUGCCAAUGCGGAUAGCGUGCCCGAGAAGAAAGCCUCGGCGCGCAAUUCCAUACGGAGCUGGUGGGUCAACCUGUUUAACGGUAACGGACUACGCAGCAGUGACGUAUCUCUGCGGAGAGGUGUUAUAGCUGGUUACGACUUACAGUCGGAACGCGAGAGUAUAGUUUGAGGACGAGAACUUGGUCGUUCGAUCGUUGCCAUUCUCUUAGAUUAGACACAUGCAAUUUUAUGUAUAUGAAAGUUACCGACAGUGUAUAUUUUUUAAUAAUCUUAGAUAUUUUAUAUGGACGAGUGUCGCGUCAGAGUUAAGAAGGUGGGAGAGAAUGACACGUGCUCCAGAAGAAAGAGGCACAAUUCAAUUGUGGUACACAGUUGGUACAGUGGGCCUAUGUCUAUAAUGUUCUUUUACUCCUUCUUCCUUUUUUUAAAUCAGUGUGUAAACGAGAAAUAAACUCUUUUAUAAGAAAUAAAUCAUUCUAACCAAAGUAUACAGAGUAGGGGAGAGAAGUACGCUGUGAGCCGUGAUGUGCUGAAUAAUGUUGCGUGUAUACACAUUGUAUACAUAUCUAUAGACAUGGUUAUUAAGGAUCAUUGCACGAUUGUCAAUUUGAUUUUUAUUAAUUCGCAUGGUAGAACCAUCUUCAGGUGGUGCAACAGUUCUGAAUAACCGUGUAUAUGUAAUGUAAGGCGCAUCAGUGUAUUUAAAUUCUUACACGGCACAAGCGUGUACUCGCGCGCAUAAUUUGGCGUGCACGUAUAUGCGUAUACAUGCAUCAUUUAUGUAUAAUAUGUGUAUAUGCAUGUAGGUAAAUAAUAAUUGUUCACUGAUGGAAAGCAAAUUGUCUGUAUGGCUGUGAAAAGUGAACUAGAUUGUACCUAAGGUGCUUAGUAAUAUAUCACACGUUGUCAAAUGUAUAUAACUGAAUAAUAAUAUAUCUAUGUAAAACGAGGGGAUUUAAAUUAAACGGAUUAUUCCCUUCUGUA